CCUCCCCCUUUUUUAUCUCUCUGCAUGUGAAUGAUCUGUGUUCAUCAAUGCCUCCUAACUCCACCACUAGAGUCAUCUGAUUUGCCUAGCCUCACCCUUAUUUCUUUCCUGCAUCUGCCACGCCCAUAUGAUUAGAAGCUCCUCCCACUUACUUUCUCUCCUUACAGGAGUUUCGUUGUUUUAUUAUCCAGACAGUGCUGGUGGAAGUUUUAUGUAUCAAUCCCUGAUUCUGAGAUCAGCUCUACUGUUGUUCUUACAUUGAUUAAGAUCAAGUAUUGGUGUAUGCUGGGCUGAUCUUAUAUCCAAUAAGUACAUACUGUAUUUACUGAAUUCAAAAUAGCAAAUUAAGAGCACAAAGAAGUAAAUUGUGCUAAGUACGGUUACAAAUUUGUUACCUCAGUUUACUAUCUUGUGGGGUUUGUGCCCAGUUUCAAAGAAGUGGUUUAAUGAGAACUAGUUAGAGCGUGCUCUAAUAUGUAUAAAAUGACAGCUACAGUGCUUUCAGGGAAAUUAAACCCAGAUGGUCUGUGUAUUUUUAGACAACCCAGACAUUGCAGGAAAUUGUUGAUGAAUUGUUGAUGAUUUAAUGUUUAUUAUUAUUAUUAUGAUUUAAUUAUUAUUAGUAGUAGUAUUGUUGUUGUUGUUGUUGUUAAAUGCUGAUCUAGGAUUGGUUUUAGCCUUCUUGUUGUAAUCCGUCCUACUACAGGAACAUGCUUGAAUUCAUACUAAUUCUAGAUCAGCACUGUUACUAUGAGAUGCAUACACUCGCCGUCCACUUUAUUAGGAACACCUGUACAACUGCAUAUGAAUGUGGUUAUCUAAUCAGCCAAUCAUGUGGCAGGAGCACAAUGCAAAUAAUACAGAUACAGGUCAAGAGCUUCAGUUAAUGUUCACAUCAAAUAUCAGAAUGAGGAAAAAGUGUGUUCUCUGUGGCUUUAACCGUGGUAUGGUUGUUGGUAUCAGAUGGGCUGGUUUGAGUAUUUCAGAAACUGCUGAUCUCCUGGGAUUUUCACACACACACAACAGUCUCUAAAGCAUCCUGUGAGCGGAGGGUCUGCAGAAUGAAACACCUUGUUGAUGAGAGAGAUCAGAGGAGAAUGACCAGACUGGUCUGAGCUGACAGGAAGUCUAUAGUAACUCAAAUAAGCACUCUUUCUAACCGUGGUGAGCAGAAAAGCAUCUCAGAACACACAGCACAUCAAACCGCAGAAGACCACAUCAGGUUCCACUCCUGUCAGCCAAGAACAGGAAUCUGAGCAUAACAUGGGCACAGUUGAAACUGGACUGUCGAAGACUGAAAAAGGACCAGGUGAUAUUUUUUUUUUUUUCCUAAUCUUCAACUGUCUAGUUUUGAUGAGCCUGUGUUCAUGAUAAACUCAGAUUCCUGUUCUUGGUUGAAAGGAGUGGAAUCUGGUGUGAUCUUCUGCUGUUGUAGCCCAUUCACCUCAAGGUUUGAUGUUUUGUGCAUGCUGAGAUGCUUUUCUGCUCACCACAUUUGUAAAGAGUGAUUAUAUGAGUUACUAUAUCUUUCCUGGCAGCUUGAACCCAUCUGACCAUUUUCCUCUGACCUCUCUUAUCAACAAGGCAUUUCCACCCACAAAACUGUCGCUCACUCAAUGUUUUUUGCUUUUCGCACCAUUCUGUAUAAACACUAGAGACUGUUGUGUGUAAAUCCCAGGAGAUCAGCAGUUUCUGAAAUACUCAAACCAGCCUUUAUGGUACCAACAUCCAUGCCACAGUUAAAGUCACAGAGAUCACACAUUACCUGAAGCUCUUGACCUGUAUCUGCAGGAUUUUUUUCAUUGUUCUGAUGCUACAUGAUUGGCUGACUUGAUAACUGAAUGAAUGUGCAGUUGUACAGGUGUUUCUAAUAAAGUGGACGGUGAGUGUAUAUGUUCAAGGAUGGUUUUUUAUUUUAUAUUUGUAUUUUAUAUUUGCACUCAUCGAAAAGGGUUCUUUAGAUUGUUAAGGGUUUGUUACUUCCUAAAUGGGUUGUGCAUGGAAACGUCUCUCAUAGGGAAAUUCUUGAUGAGGUUCUACAUGGUAAAGUUUUCACUACAGGAACAAACUGAAGAACCCUUUUACUAAUACUGUUGAUAUAGUGUGCAUGGAUAUCAACUUGUUUUACCUUCACACCAGCAGAACAUGAAUAUUUUUUACAAACCAGUGUUGUAAUUUACAGCAACUAUCAAAACUUGGUAUUAUCUGAGAUGUUGAAGUCAAACAUAUUAUUGAGCUGUAUUUGUUUGAUAUUUUCUAAGAGUUUAAAUGUGAGGUGAAAGUCUGACAGUAUGUGGGAUUUCCUAGCAAUAUCCCUGUACAGCAAAAUCCCUGUACAGUAUACCAAGUUGUUUCCUGGUGUCAGGAGUUCACACGUUUGAAUCCCAGGAGAGCGUAAUUGUCCGCGGUGGUCUUGCACUGUUCUCUUUUGUUCUAUUCUGGGUACUACAUAACAGUACGGUAGUGUUCUCCUCCUAUGACAGUGCAUGAGCAGAAGUUUGAAAAGAUGUGCUGUAUCUUCGAGGAAGUCCAUUUUAGCCUUUGCACUCUCAGUCUGGUAGCGUUUGUGCUGAACUAGCUAGUGAAUGUCAGCUAGCAACGAUUAAAUUUGUAGAAAGCUGAUUAAAAAAUGGUUCAGGAAGCUCAGGCUUCUUUUCCCUUUGACUGUUGGACUGUUAGCUACUGGAAUAACCAGUAUAAUACUCGCUUAUUUAAUCCUUAAUUCUAUUAAGACUGCAAUUCUAUAAAAAACGCAUGGUGUAACACUACUUUGCUAGUACCGCUAUUAUCGAGCCAGGUAUUUUUGUAUAGCUAACAUGUUUUGAAGUAAGACAGCUGUGUGAUACCAUGUGCCUAAAAGGGUUAACCACAAUGGGGAAUUUAGUCAGUGAAUAUUAACGCUAAGGAUGGAGCACCACCUCCACUCCACCAUUUGGCUGUACAGGUUAUUGUGUAUGUUUGUGGGUGGUUGUUUGCGUAUUUAGAGCUUUGAGGACUGCAGUGUAUUUACAGAGAGAGACUCAUAAUUUGACUUGAGCUGGAAAUGUGUUUUGGCUGCACAAGUGUGUUUAUACACGCCAAUAAACAUGCACAGGUAAGCUUUUGAUUGGUUUCUAGAACAUGCAAUGUCUCAUAGGGACUUUAAUCCUCUUACAAAAUAUAAAUAAUCUUUCUCUCUCUGUCUCUGUCACACACAUGCACAAAUAUUUCUCCAGAACUAUUAGAUGUACAUAUUAGACAACAGGACAGCUGGUGGUAUUCUAUACACAGCAACAUGAAGCCACUUGGCUGCCAUAUUUGUUUUCGUCUAAUUUAAACGUAUAUCGAUCUUUAAAAGUCACUGUCCCCAUGUGCCCCGACACCAUCCCCAUGUCCAACACCAUCUCCAUGUGCCCCAUUACUGUCCACAUGUGCCCCAACAUCAUUCCCACAUUCCCAAAUGCUGUCUACAUGGUACCCAAUAUCAUCUCCAUGUCCAGCACCAUCUCUUUGUGCCCUGACACCAUCCACAUGUGCUCUAACACAAUCCUCAUGUCCAACGCCAUCCUUGUGUGAUCCAACACCAUACCCACAGUACCUUUGAAAACCAAUUUAUAUAUAAUGAUAAUAUUCUAUAGAAAAUACAAUAUGUAUUUAUUUAGCAGUCAGGUUAAUUUAGGCUGUUUAUGAUACAGAAAAGAAAAGUGCCCAGUACAACGGAGGUCUUCCAAUACAACUACUACAAUACAACAUAUUUUGUGUGUGGGCUUGCAUCUGGCCGGUGACAAGGUCAAUGUCCGGCUCCGUUCUUGUCACAGCCAGUGUCAAUGACUGAUGUAAAUGUUCAUCAUUGAUCCUUAAUCUUAUUGCCGUGUUCAUUAAUUUCGUUCUUGAGAAGGUUUGCACACAGACAUAAGUGCUGCCGAAGAUGGUGGACAUCUUGAGACCGUGCCUUUUGAUGUUCAGGAAAUUGGAGUAGGGAGGCACAGAAGUCAAUCAGACUGUUUGCCCUGAAUGCGUCUUUCAAAGCAUCACAGUUCUGCAAUUCAACCAGCUCCAUUUGAUAACAAGGCAAGGCAUCAUCUGUCAGCAGCAAAUGGGUUUCGUAAAAGAUGAAUGUCUUUGCAUGGAGAUGUAGUUCACGGAAUUUCACCUCAAACUCCCUCUUUAGCAAUUUCAAUGCUUCCACACAUUUUCUGGAUGGGAAUGGGAUCAGUGGUUUUUCAGUACAUAGCUUCAGUGUCAGAGAAAGAUUACAAAAAUUUUGCUCUUGUAUUUGACUUAAAUGCAGUGUUAAUUUGACUUUGAAUGAUUUCACAUGAGAAUACACAUCAUACCUUUGCCUUGAAGCUGUAAAUUAAGGCUGUUAAACAAUUCUGUCACAUCAGUUAAAAAGCUAGGUUCUGGAUCCGUCAGCUCUCUGACAGUUUUGCUUUGUAUGAAGAAAUGUGUCAAUCUCAGAAAGCAGCUUGUAAAAGUGUCUCAAAACUCUGCCUCGACUCAACCAACUGACUUCUGUGUGGUACAGUACAUCACCAUAAUCAGAGUCUAGCUCGGACAAAAACUCUUGGAACUGUCAGUGGUUAUGCCUGAUAAAGUUUGCUCUGAUAAAGUUUACACAUGACACUACAACUUUCAUGAUAGAAUUCUAGUUGAUAACUUUGCAACACAAGGCUUGCUAGUGAACUAAGCAGUGGAUAUGUAGUGGGUGUGUGUGGCCUCGUUCAUCUAUCUCUAUAUCGACGAGGCCAAGCAGUCCCCGUCUUGUGCCGACCAUGCUCAGUGCACCGCCAGUUAUCACAUUUGUGGGCUUUGCCCAGUCAAGUCCCAAAAAUUCCAUCAUUUGGCGAACCUUCUCAAAAAAUAUCCUGUCCCAUUGUUGUACCUUUGAGGCUUUGUAGAGCAGGAGGUUCUUCUCUCUGUCAACUCCACCUAUAAUUAUGAGAAGCUGCUCAUGUCUCACACGUCAUUACUUUCAUCGAGUGCUAGCAAAAAAAAGUGUUUAUAUAAUGUAAUGUAGCCUAAGCAUAAAGGUAGUUCUUUUGUGAACCAUAUAGUUAUUCAGAGGGCCAAUCAAAAUGUAUUGUUGAUAUGGUUCCACGGGUCGGUUAAAACUGUGAAGAGGGCCGCAGUUUGGGGACCACUACAGGAGAGAUUUGGUGGGGGGAAAAGCACUAGAGUAUUUCUUUAACAAUGAUGAGAGACUGAACUGGGCUCACUUUAUUUAUUCUGUAUGAGCACAGAGACAGCACGGUGAAUUACAGAACAUGGAGAAGAGAGAGCGAGGGAGGAAGAGGAAGGGGGGGCAGAGAAGGCAAGAGACUUCAAAGAGAAUUUGAAUAUUUUUGUAACAGCCUCUGCAAAGCCUGUUAUCUCUCUCUCGCUCUCUCUCACCCUCUCUCUCAGGAAUCUACCCUAGACAAAGACCUGCAAGAUUUCUCUUUUCUCCUGUUCUUUUUCUCUACAUUCUUUUCCUUUUUCCAUCUGCAACAUUUCCAUUUUUAUAUACAUUGCAUCUGUAGAGUGUCUCUCAUUCACUCUGUCUUUACCUCCCUCUCCAAUACUCUCUCCUGGCCUACAGACCGGAAAUGAAAUUAAGGACAGAAUGACUAGGUGGAUUAUUUCUCCCAAGUAUUUAAAUAAAGUGUGUCAAUAAAGAGAGUUGACUUGUCUGCUUAGACUGUAAAUUUCCCAAACCGAUGCUGUUUCUUUUCCUAGACUGAGAUAAAAGGGCUGAUAGGAGACGUCUGCUUAGACUCUCUGUGAUUGGCUGCUAGAAAGAAGGUCAGGGAAACACUGCCCUCUGAUUGGCACUCGGGCUUCAGCUGUAUACACCGAUUGGUGCAGAGGGUCUUCUGUGGAGGCUUCUCAUGUUUGUGCGGGGGAUUAGACCCCAAGAUUGGACACAGUCCCGGAGAAAUGCAGCUGUUCUGCAGAGCGAAAGAGAAAGGAGUGCAGACAUGAACCUGUGAAAGAGUGAGACAGUGAGAUACAGAGAGAAAGACAGAAGGAGGACAGAAAGACUAUAAGACAGUAGAGUAGUAGUGGCGAGAGAGACAGUGAGGGACAAAGAAAAAAGGGAAAAGACAGUGAGGGACAAAGAGAGAUGGAGAAGGAGGGAGAAAAACAAAAUGGGAGAGACCAAGAGAGACAGGAUUGAAGCAGGGAGACAGAGAAAGAGAGAGAACUGUCUAAAACACAGAAAGACAGAGAGAGUGAGAGAAAAACAGUACAGAAUAGACAGAAAGAAAAAUGAAAAAGUAGAGAGAGACAAAGAAUGAGUGUAGACAGAAACUGGGAGAGAAAGACAGAAGGAGGGACAGACAGAAAGAAACCAAGAGACCCAGAAAGAAUGUGCCUGGAGGAGUGAAGCAGGGAGAUAGAUACAACUGAGAGAAAGACAGUGAAGGACACGGAGAGAUAUAUUAGGAGCAAAGUAAGGAGACAGAUGGACAAGGAGGGAAAAUCGACAGCAGCUGAGAGAGAACAAGGCAUGGGCAAAGAGACGCAAGAAGUUAGACGGAAACAGGAAAGCAGAUAGGUACAAUCAGCGACAUAGAGAGCGACCGUAAAAGGAAAGAAAAUAGAAAAGACAGAAAAUGGGAAAUUACUUGCAGGGUAUGCAAGUAAGACAGAGAGAAAGAGAGAGAGAAAGAAAGAAAAAAGUACAGAGAACGGGGCAUGGUGAGAGAAAGACCGAAGUGAGAGUGCAUGAGUGAAGCUGAGAGACAAAGAGAGAGACAAACGGAAAGAGGGAGAUGAAGGUGAGUGAGGGACAGAGAGAAGUGAUAGACUGAGAAAGAGAGACAGACAGUUGCAGUGAAUGGGGCUCUCUCUCUCUCUCUCUCUCUCUUUCUCUCUCUCUCUCUCUCUCUCUCUCUGUCUGACCCCUCCCACUCCUCCAGAGUGCAGUGUGUGGAGCUGAAGAUCAGCAGCGUGUCUUCUAACACCUCAGUGUGUCUCCAUGUCUCCAGCUGUGUCUCAUGCUUCUGGACACUACAUAUACACACACUUCCUUGCAGCUUCACACACCUUCUGACCAACCAGGAUUGACUUUUGUUUUGUCUUUUUGUCUCUUUUUUUUCCAUCAUGGAGUCCACUUUUUGGCUGAAGACAAUCUCUGUUGGCUUUUCUACUGAACCCACAACCACUCUCCAGAUCUUUUCUCCUGAACAAAUCGACAUUCGGUUUUGUCUGUGACAUUUUGGCUUCGCGUCUCCAUUGCUGUGGACUUUUUAUAUGAAAAAGCAGCCGUUCGUCCUCCAAAGGGUUGGAGAGACGGGACGGGAUGUGUGAGUAGGUCCUGAGCUUGGUGAGCGGAACACACACAGAGACACAAGCUGCCGUGUGUUUAGGGUUUGAAGAGUGAACAUGGAUAUGAUGACAGCGUGUUGGAGGGGACAGGAGGAGCAGGCUGCCAAAGCAAAGGCGGAAAAAAUUCGUGUGGCUCUGGAGAAAAUUAAAGAAGCACAGGUCAAAAAGCUGGUGAUCCGUGUGCACAUGUCAGACGAGAGCUCUAAGACCAUGAUGGUGGACGAGCGGCAGAGUGUGAGGCAGGUGCUGGACAGCCUGCUGGAUAAGUCCCACUGCGGAUACAGUCCCGACUGGGCUCUGGUGGAAACCAUCACUGAGCUACAGAUGGAGCGUAUUUUUGAGGACCACGAGAACCUUGUGGAGAACCUGCUUAACUGGACCAGAGACAGCCAGAACAAGCUCAUGUUCAUCGAACGUAUAGAGAAGUAUGCACUCUUCAAGAACCCGCAGAACUACCUACUGGGAAGAAAGGAGACGUCUGAGAUGGCCGACAGAAACAAGGAGGCACUGCUGGAGGAGUGUUUCUGCGGCGGCUCCGUAUCAGUGCCUGAGAUUGAGGGAGUGCUCUGGCUGAAGGAUGAUGGGAAAAAGUCAUGGAAGAAGCGAUACUUCUUACUACGCGCGUCUGGCAUUUACUUUGUGCCUAAGGGCAAGGCCAAGGCCUCUAAAGACUUGGUGUGUUUCCUGCAACUGGAUCAUGUAAAUGUUUAUUACGGACAAGACUACCGGAGCAAGUAUAAGGCACCCACUGACUACUGCCUGGCCCUCAAGCACCCUCAGAUUCAGAAGAAGUCUCAGUACAUCAAGUAUCUGUGCUGCGAUGAUGUCAGAACCCUGCACCAGUGGGUCAACGGGAUCCGCAUUGCCAAGUAUGGAAAGCAGCUGUACCUGAACUAUCAGGAGGCUAUGAAACGCACUGAGGCCGCCUACGACUGGUCCUCUCUAUCCAGCUCCAGCAUCAAGUCUGGCACCAGCUCAGUCAGCAACCCUGAGUCACAGUCCAACCACUCCAGUCAGACAGACAGUGGGGUGUCAGAUGGCACCUCAUCCACACAUGCACGCUCACAGAGUGUCGUCAGCUCCAUCUUCUCUGAGGCCUGGAAGAGAGGCACGCAGAUGGAGGAGAGUACCAAGACGAGACCAGAGUCAACACGUUCAAGCCAUUCUACCCACAGUGUCCAUGGUGGCCACUCCAGCCAUGCACACUUUAUCACUCAUACAACUGCGUCAGUACAUCUGCAGCAGCAUGUGCAGCCUCAGUCAAAUUCAAUGCCACACCCACAUGCACAGUCAGGCUCGCAGCCUCGUGGUAGCAUUACUCAAACAUCCAUUCAGGCUCCACUCCAGCCUGCUCCAGUUCCACCCCUGCCAUCUCCAGCUCCUCCGCAGCCCUCUCCAGCUCCACCCAAGCUCUCUCCAGUUCAACCCCAGUCCUCUCCAGUUCUGCCCAAGCCCUCUCCAGCUCCACCCCAGCCCUUUCCAGCUCCACCCAAGCUCUCUCCAGUUCUACCCCAGUCCUCUCCACUUCUUGCCCAAACCUCUCCAGUUCUGCCUCAGUCCUCUCCAGCUCCAGCUCCUCCCCCACCACCGCCACCACCUCCUCCGCCACCACCUCCUCCUGUCUGCGUCCAUCACUACUCAGGCCCACAUAUAUUUGCCAAAUAUAGCACCAUCAACCGCCUGAAGAAUGCCUCUCAGGCUGCUAAGCCACACCCCCAAGCACAGCAGGUGCUCCAAGUACCAUCCCCUCAGCCUUUGAAGCCCCACAUCAACAAUAUUCCACCAGGAGCAAGUGUCCCACCCCCACCACCUCCUCCUCCACCAGCACCCAUGCCUGCACCAGGUUCAGCCAUGGCUGUCCUGAAACUUGGCCCUCCAAGCCCAGCCACUGUGCCUCAGUUCACCCCACCACCCCCGCCAUCCCCACCACUGCCAUCUACACCUCCAGCAUCUAUCAAAUCCCAACCUCUUCCACCUCCACCUCCAGCACCAACCCAGUACCACCCUUUUCCCCCACCUCCACCUCAAGUACCCGUCCAGUCCCACCCUCUUCCCCCACCUCCACCUCCAGCACCUAUCCAAUCCCACUCUUUUCCCCCACCUCCACCUCCAGCAACUAUCCAAUCCCACUCUUUUCCCCCACCUCCACCUCCAGCAACUAUCCAAUCCCACUCUUUUCCCCCACCUCCAGCAACUAUCCAAUGCCACCCUUUACCCCCACCACCACCAGCAGCACCUAUCCAAUCCCACCCCCUUCCUCCACCUCCAGUACCCAUCCAGUCCCAGCCUUUUCCUCCACCUCCACCACCAGCCUCCUUCCAAGCUGAGGCUUUUCCUCCUCCCCCACCUCCACUGCAAACCAACAGCCUGCCUCCUCCACCCCCGCCACAAGCAGCCCCAGCUCCAUUAACUUCCAGUGGCCUCAAACACAUUCUAGCCCAGAAAUUUCCCAACAUACCCAGGGAUGUGUCCCCUCCAGACAGUCAAACUCAGUCGCCACCACCCCCUCCGCCUCCUCCACCACCACCACCACCACCCCCCACUCCUCCUGCCCCUCCUCUCCCACCUCAGCAGCCUCCUGCUCUAGCACCACCUCCACCUCCACCUCCCCCACCUCCCCCACUGUCGGCCCCAGGGCCACCUCGGGCUUUGCCCAAAACAUUCACUGGAGGAUUUCCACCUCAAACUGCACCGAAACCAUCAGGCGCCACCAUGCAAGUGUCUCCAGUUGCUCCUCUUCUUCCUGGUCCUCCUCCACCUCCUCCACCACCUCCACCUCCUCCUGCACCAGUGAAAACUCAUCCACCACCUACACUACCCAAGCAGCAGAGCAUCACCAAGAUGAUGCCCCCUUUGAAUCAGACCUCUACUACAUCAUCUUUGGUCAAACAGAUUGCCAGCCAGUUUCCGGGUGCUGUUCCCUCAGUGACCAACAAUGUAGAGGGUCACAAAGCCCCACUAUCAGCACCUGCAGUUAAGACUAAACCAAAAUGGCAACCUGGUGGACAAGUUCAGCAGCAACAGCGGUCACCUGAGUUUCCACCACCACCUCCAGAUACUACACUCAAUUUCCCACCACCACCACCCCCAUGUCCACCUCCUCCACCUCCUCCAGGUCCAGCACCACCACCUCCACCUCCACUGCCCCCUGCACUGUUAAGUUCUCCAAUGAAGGCCCCCUCUGGACCCUAUGGAGGUUGCAAGAAGCCUCCCCCAACCCCUCUACGCAACUCCAGUGUCAAGUCCGACUCUUCAGCAGAAUACCAGGAGUCCCGCCGAAAUCUAGUGAGCAAGUUCAACCCCAGCUCAGCGUCUUCAGCUCCAGUGUCUUCUGGUUCUCCUUCCAAGGAUUCUUUUACUGGGCCACCUGCGCCACCUAAACCUGGCAAGCUGAACCUGGGUAACCUACCACUGGCUUUGCAGAACAAAGUGGGUCAAAACCAGCAGCCUAGCACGCAUGUUCCCUCCCAUGACCCAACUGAGAAUAACAGCUUUCCUCCUCCUCCACAUGUAUCAGAUCUCCCUCCUCCACCGCCCCUUCCAGGCACCCCAAAAGUUGCUGUGGUGAACCCCCAGCCCCAGCCUGCAUGGAGCAAGAACUCUCUGAAGAAGACAGCACAUCCUACAUCACUGCGCCGCAACAAUACAACUCCAGAGCCUCCACCACUAUCCCCACCCCUGCAGGGAGGGCCCGCACCUCCAACCUCUCCAAAGGGAAGCACUCAGCCAAACUUUCUAGAGGACUUGAACCAGACUCUGAGGCGCAAGUCUUUGCGAAACUCUGCAGCCAAGUUGGACCCUGUGGCCACCAUGGAUGACAUGGCACUGCCUCCACCUCCUCCAGAGCUUCUUGACCAGCAGAGACAUAGUGGGAAUGGGUAUAUGUCCAACAACAUCUCUGGCUAUGCAACAAUAAGGCGAGGCCCACCUCCUGCCCCACCCAAACGGGACCACAGCACCAAACUGACAAACUGACAGUACUGGAAUGUCCUUUGAUGCUCCUUAUUGAACGCUCAUAUAGGGAUAUGGAUAAAUAGCAAUCAGUGUAACUGGCUUUUAAACAAUAUUUGACUUUGGGGACGAGCGAUCAAAAUUACUCUCAGCUUUAAUAUGCAUUGAUGCACUCAGUAUAUUUGCUGAAUUUACUCAGUAAAUUCAGUUUCAAACUAUGACAUGAAGGAAAUCUCUGCAACAUACUGGUACUGCAUGGACAUAAGGGCAAAAUUAUAGUAAGCAUACAAAAGCUGGUUUGUUUUUGGGUGGUUGAAUGUCAGGAAUUAUAGGGAAAUCACAGGAAGGAUGAAUUUUGCCUUCGUUUUUUAUAUGAAUUUAUUUAAAUAUAUGAAGACAUUUUUUAUUUUAGGAUGUUGUUGUUAAGGGUUGACGAUGAUUGUUUGAGAGAGUAGUAAAUGUUAAGUGUUUUUGUACCGAGAGUCUUUGGCUGGCCUGGCACUUCCCAUUUACCUGCAAGAGUGAAUGGUAUACUGGUGAAUGUGCUUAGCAUUCUUUAGGGGUGCUUGGGAAUUUUCAAGUAUGGUUGUGGAACCUCUCUCAGUGAUAUUAAGUAGCAUUUUUCUCAGAAAACAGUGCAUAAAAUGAUUCAUUCUAUUUAAAUCUAGGUAACAAUUGAGACAAAUUCUUUGGGAAAAGAUUUGGGAAAUAUUGAAUAAGGGACAUUUCAUCAAAAUAAGCCUGUCACAUAAAUGAAGAGAAAUGAAGAGACUUGUCAUGAUUGCUUACAGAAUUCUGUGAGAUUUUGGAAUGUGUUGAACCUGUCUGACUUAUCUACACAAUUCACAUCAAUUCAGUAUUUUACUGUACAAUAUCGCCUGCUUUAAUUGUCUGUUUCUGGUCACGCCGUCUUAUGCCAAGAAUUCAGGCAUCCUGUUAACAGUUGUUCAUAUAUCAUGGACUUCAAGUGGCUUGGUGUGUUUAGCUCAUGUCCUCUGACUUGGGAACAAUAUCCUACCUGAUGGUUACUUAUGGUCUCAUCCUUUAGCAGGGAGCAGUCAAUGAACAGUCCUUCUUGUAUAGGCAUGUCAAAAUUGUUUUAAUAUUUUGGUUAAAUUACCAGUGGGAUUUUUUCAACAGUCUUUAUUACAGCUUCCUUACUGAAAUAAUUACGAUCAGAUCUGGUUAACAACAUAAAAUCAGACCACACAAUAGCUGUAACUGAGCAGCAAAAGGCAAAAUGACCAUGCCAUAUAUGUAUAAACGUGUAUUACCUUACAGAACCAUGUAUUCCCCUUGGAAGGACAUCUGUGUUUUUGAUGACUGAAUAUUCAACAAUAUCAUGUUUCUUUUUAAGGUUUUUUGAUGAUGUAAACAUUAAAUUAUUAAAGUUAAUUAACCAGUCUUAAACCAAAGG